GUGUUUGUGCGCCUUCGUUUCGAGAGAUGGUGGCGCUUCGCGAACUUCCUGCACCACCGGUCCGUCGCUGAAAAGCUCUUUGCACGCGGGUCGUCCGGAUACAUUUCCACCACGAGCUUCUCGCGUUGACUCGAAUCCAGGCUGUCGACACUCCGAGUGUGCUCUUGCGCCGUUGCAGCAACAGCGAGUGCAGCUUCUUCGCUGCGUCUCCGAAUCACCUCCUCUCCCUGCCAGUCUUGAAAAGGUCUUUCUUCAAGUCAUUGACCGCGGCUGCGAUCAGCUUCUCUGCGUCAUCGUUCCACUUGCAGAUGUUGGGUUGGGGAAUGCCAGUCUUUCUUGCCAGGAACUGCUGGCACGACACGCCGUGAACAUGCCAGAUCUUUUCGGCGUGAUCGGCCUCCAGCUCUCGCAGCUCCACGACCACCGCAGCCUUCUUCCUGUUGCUGUACUGCGUAUUCUUCUCAGCCCCUCGUGUUUUCUUCCGCUUGGUGCGUUCUUCGUCCGACAAAAGGCCGUCAUCUGGCAAGUCUGAUGUACCAUCGCCUUUGGUCCUUGGCUGCAGCUCAAACGAACAGCUCCCUCGCACGUUGUACAUUUUCUGGCCCGCCGCAGUGUUGUGCCCGCCUCCCUCUGAGUGGUGAAAGGCGACACUAAAACACCUGCCCGAAUACCCGUUUCAAGGUUGAAGUCGUCAUGGUCCCACCCGUCGCGAGGGCGCGCCUGAGCCCUCGUCGAAGAUGCCGAAGAGGAGCUGGGUGCACGGCACUACAGUGUAGCGAUCGACCUUAUUCGGAGGCAAAGGUCU